AUGCUAGAAAGAUAUGCUGGCCACGCUUACUACUGUUUUCUAGAUGGAUAUUCUGGUUACAAUCAAAUAGCUAUUACACCUGAGAAUCAAGAGAAGAUCACUUUCACUUAUCCUUAUGGCACUUUUGCAUAUAGGCAUAUACCUUUUGGUUCAAAGGUGGUCGUCUAUACCGAUCACUCAGCUCUUAAAUACUUGCUCUCGAAGAGGGAUUCCAAACCAAGACUGUUAAGAUGGAUUUUGUUAUUACAAGAGUUCAAAUUGGAAAUAAAAGAUAAGAAAUGUUCCGAGAAUGUAGUGACCGACCAUUUAUCUCGUCUUGAGUUUAAAGAGGCAGUUGAUUAUGUCUCCAAAAGGGUGGAAGCGGUCACCUUGCAGACCAAUAAUACGAGGGUCGUAGUGAAUUUUCUAUGGAAGAACAUCUUUUCCCGAUUUGGCACUUUGAGGGUCAUAAUCAGUGAUGGUGGGAAGCAUUUUUGCAAUCGUCAAUUUAAAGCGCUACUGACUAAGUAUGGAGUCACCCAUCACGUGGCGACACCAUACCAUCCUCAAACGAGCGGCCUGGUCGAGGAGUCUAAUCGGGAGUUGAAACGCAUACUGGAGAAGGUCGUGAGUAUCUCUCGGACAGAUUGGGCGAGAAGGUUAGAUGAUGCGCUAUGGGCUUAUCGAAAAACAUUCAAAACACUAUUCGGGAUGUCGCCUUAUCGGCUCGUUUAUGGAAAAACAUCUCAGCUACCCAUAGAGCUAGAACACAGAGCCUAUUGGGCUACGAGGACACUAAACUUUGACUUACAAGUAGCUGGCGAGAAGAGAAUAUUGCAAAUCAGAUGA